AUGCGGCCUACCAAGGUGCGUAGCUCACGGGACCGCAUGAACAAUUUGCCGUGGACGUCGUCCUCCUUUGUCCUCGCCUCCUCGGUCGGUUCAUCCACCGAGCUCAUCACUGAUACAUGCGAGGUUGCGUCCAGUCUCCAGUGCCGCCGCCUUGAGGAGCAGCAGGCCCUCUCACUCUCAGGCGCGAACAUCCACGGCGGAGGAAACCGGCUUGCUUGCUGGCGUGCAUUGGACGCGAUAAUGGACGACGCGCAGCCUCACAGGACGGCGGUGGUUUGUGUGACGAAGGCGAUGGCUAGAGGGCGACGGCAGCGAUUUGAGGGAGGGAGGUUGGAUAGGUACUUUCUGAGGACAUGCCGUGGAUGGGCGGCUCGCCGCCAUGGCCUGCGUGGUGGAGGAGCUCUGGUUGUCCGCAGAAGGACUCGAGUGGAGAGUCGAGACUCGAGAAGCUCCUGCAUGUCGCGGUGUCGGCGGCAACCGCAGACAUGGCGUGGAGAGGAGAGUAUAGAGACGAUGGCGCAUGCAGGAGAGCCGAGGUCGUGUCUGUCCGCGAUGCAGAACUCCGGCCGCGAGCUCACCCAGCCUGCAUGCAUCUCGAGCUCGCAGCCGUCGUUUCGACCUUGCGCCUAUCUUCGGCACCCCGCCGUUUCCGGCCCGUGA